AUGGGGAAAAGGGGAGCAUGGGGAGAAGGGGGAGCAUGGGGAGAAGGGGGAGCAUGGGGAGAAGGGGAGCAUGGGGAGAAGGGGGAGCAUUGGGAGAAGGUGAGCUUGGGGAGAAUGGGAGCAUUGCGAGAAGGGGAGCAUGGGGAAAAGGGGAGCAUGGGGAGAAGGGGAGCAUGGGGAGAAGGAGAGCAUGGGGAGAAGGAGAGCAUUGCGAGAAGGGGAGCUCGGGGAGAAGGGGAGCAUGUGGAGAAAGGGAGCAUUGCGAGAAGGGGAGCAUGGGGAGAAGGGGAGCAUGGGGAGAAGGGGAGCAUGGGGAGAAGGGGAGCAUUGGGAGAAGGGGGAGCAUUGGGAGAAGGGGGAGCAUUGGGAGAAGGGGAGCAUUGGGAGAAGGGGGAGCAUUGGGAGAAGGUGAGCUUGGGGAGAAUGGGAGCAUUGCGAGAAGGGGAGCAUGGGGAAAAGGGGAGCAUGGGGAGAAGGGGAGCAUGGGGAGAAGGAGAGCAUGGGGAGAAGGAGAGCAUUGCGAGAAGGGGAGCAUGGGGAGAAGGGGAGCAUGUGGAGAAAGGGAGCAUGGGGAGAAGGGGAGCAUGUGGGGAGAAUGGGGAGCAUUGCGAGAAGGGGAGCAUGGGGAGAAGGGGAGCAUGGGGAGAAGGGGAGCAUUGCGAGAAGGGGAGCAUGGGGAGAAGGGGAGCAUGGGGAGAAGGAGAGCAUGGGGAGAAGGGGAGCAUGGGGAUCAUUGGGAGAAGGGGAGCAUGGGGAGAAGGGGAGCAUGGGGAGAAGUAG